AUGGAAUAUGCUCACGAUGAAUCUUUCCCGCCUCCUUCCUUGAUGGCAGGUAAUCACUAUUCACUUCGGGAGCUUACACCUGUCACUGUGAGUUUUCUUUCGAAAGAACAUGGUGAUUUUGCGGAAUCGUUACUACCUCCGCACCCUGACAACCCUCCCACUUUUUCCAGCCCGCCAUGGCACUCUGAUGAGGCUCCACGACAAAGUUCUUCAGAAUACUCUCGUAUGGAGGCCAGUUUCGAGCCUCCGAGCAUCAGCUCCUGGCAACAACGCCAGACUGCGCCCACAUCUGGAGGUCUGCGCCGGCACCCAACUCGCAGAAUCAAUUUGAUCCAAGGCUCUGUAUUAAGUGUCGAUUAUCCCGUUCCAAGUGCUAUUCGCAACGCAGUCGAAACGAAAUACCAUGAUCCCAAUGGAUCAAGCCCUGAAGAGUUCACACACCUAAGAUAUACGGCUGCUACCUGCGACCCAGAUGACUUUAACUUACGCAACGGCUACAACCUACGGUCUGCUAUGUAUAAUCGACACACCGAAUUACUCAUCGCCAUCACCUAUUACAACGAAGACAAGGUUCUCACCGCUCGAACUCUACAUGGAGUUAUGCAAAACAUACGAGAUAUUGUCAAUCUUAAGAAAACCGAGUUCUGGAACAAAGGGGGUCCUGCUUGGCAGAAAAUUGUGGUUUGUUUGGUUUUUGAUGGAAUUGGUCCUUGUGAUAAAGAUACACUCGAUGUUCUAGCAACUGUUGGGAUCUACCAAGAUGGUAUAAUGAAGCAUGAUGUUGAUUGCAAAGAGACCACGGCACACAUCUUUGAAUAUACCACGCAAUUAUCGGUCACUCCUACACAACAAUUAGUCCGUCCUCAGCAUGAUGAUCCGAGGAACCUCCCACCAGUCCAGAUGAUUUUUUGCCUGAAACAAAACAAUACCAAGAAGAUCAAUUCACACCGCUGGUUGUUUAAUGCCUUUGGGCGGAUCUUGAAUCCAGAAGUGUGUAUAUUGAUCGAUGCAGGUACAAAACCAGGCCACAAAUCCUUGCUUGCUUUAUGGGAAGCGUUCCAUAAUGACAGAAACCUUGGUGGCGCAUGUGGCGAGAUCCAUGCCCUACUUGGCCGUCACUGGAAGAUGCUUGCAAAUCCAUUGGUUGCUGCACAGAACUUUGAAUACAAGAUCUCAAAUAUCCUGGAUAAGCCUUUUGAGAGCAUGUUUGGAUACGUUAGUGUCUUACCUGGUGCAUUUUCUGCUUACCGUUACCGUGCCAUCAUGGGUCGACCUCUAGAACAGUAUUUCCAUGGUGAUCACACACUGUCGAAAAGGUUGGGCAAAAAGGGCAUUGAAGGGAUGAAUAUUUUCAAAAAGAACAUGUUCUUAGCCGAGGACCGUAUUUUAUGCUUUGAGCUCCUUGCGAAAGCGGGGUUUAAAUGGACAUUGAGUUAUGUGAAAGCUUCUAAAGGAGAGACUGAUGUCCCUGAAGGACUGCCAGAGUUUCUAGGCCAAAGACGAAGAUGGCUAAAUGGAUCAUUUGCCGCGAGCUUGUAUUCCGUCAUGCACUUCAACCGUGUGUACAAAAGCGGUCAUAAUUUCGUCCGAUUGUUCUUCCUCCACAUUCAGUUACUCUAUAAUGUCUGCCAGCUCACUAUGACAUGGUUCUCUCUUGCAUCCUACUGGUUGACCACUUCCGUGAUUAUGGACAUUGUCGGAACACCAAGUGCGACAAAUAAGAACCAAGCAUGGCCUUUUGGAAAUGAAUCAUCGCCAAUUUUGAACAAUGUCCUCAAGACUAUUUAUUUGGUGUUUCUCAUGCAGCAAUUCUUUUUGGCCCUUGGAAAUCGACCUAAAGGAUCCCAUCUUGCCUAUUUUCUAUCCUUUCUCUAUUUUUCCAUCGUUCAAUUAUACAUCUUACUUCUCUCAUUCUACCUCGUGGCACAGGCAUUUAGUGGUGGCAACAUAGACCUCGAUUUUGAUAAUGGGGUGGGAGGGUUCCUAGGUUCAUUUUUCACUUCGACCACAGGCCUGGUGUUAGUAGCCCUGGUAUCGACAUACGGGACUUAUUUCAUAGCGAGCUUUCUCUACUGUGAUCCUUGGCACUUAUUAACAUCUUCCUGGGCAUACUUCAUCGGAAUGCCAUCGACGAUCAACAUCCUUAACGUCUACGCCUUUUGCAACUGGCACGAUGUUUCAUGGGGAACGAAAGGUUCCAAUGAGGCGGCUUCUCUCCCAUCAGCCAAUACACAAAAGUCAGACACCAAGGGGAAACGAUUUGUCGAGGAGCUAGACAAGGCACAGUCGGACAUUGACACAGAAUUCGAGCGCACCGUCCGACGCGCUCUUGCCCCGUGGCAGGAACCGACAGAGCAAAAUGAUGUGCAACUGGAUGAUUCAUAUAGGGCAUUCCGAACUAAUCUGGUGCUCUUGUGGGCUUUGAGCAACUCAUUGUUAGCGUUGCUCAUAAACAACGCUGGCGUGAGGAAUCUAUGCUUAACGACCUCAUCGACCGAUCGCACGGCUUGGUAUUUCAAGAUAAUUCUGUGGGCUACGUCGGGGUUGUCGGUUUUCCGAUUCUUAGGUGCUCUUUGCUUUCUGGGAAAGACAGGGUUGUUGAAUUGUUUCUCCCGACGCUGA